GAAUCGAAAGGGGAAAAAAAAAGCUAUUUUUGUGAGAAAAGAAAAAAUCCCCAUUUUUCACUCCUCUCUGUCCCUAACAUCUGAUUAGGGUUUGUUCUUCUCCGAUUUUCUUUGGAGUUCACUUCCGCUGUCCACCUCCAUCCUUCUCUCUUCCACCUACAUCAAGAGAUUGGGCUAAAGAUACAGCUUUAUUAUCUCUGGAAAGCUUCGCUCUGAUUCAAUGGCGUCGAUGCUCCAAAAACUCGUCAGAAAAUCGCCACCCACAAGAAUAAUUGCUGCUUUGCGUAGCCAGCCGUCACAAAAUCUCUCAGCACCCUGCAUUCUUCACCAGCCGCUCGAUAUCAUCAGUAAACCAGAUGGGCAUUGGGAUGCUAAUUUGAACUCAGUUUCUGCUUCGAAUCCGUCUCAGUUUUUGCAGUUUUACCCUAGUUUUCCGUUUGGGCUUUGCUUGCCGCAAAUCUCCUCAACUGGGUUGGUUCCGUUCGUGCCGGAUUAUGAUGAGCAAGAUGAUUCUCGGAAGUUGUGGGCUGAUAGCGUGAAAAAGAAGAGGAAGCGGAAGAUGAACAAGCACAAGUACAAGAAGCUGCGGAAGCGGCUCCGGAGGCAGACAUAGUAGCUUUAUUUGUCUUGUAGAUUGGGCUAAGAGAAUUUCCAUCGUUAUUGUUCUCUAGCGGCAAAUUCUUAAGAGAUUAUUGUUUCAAGCUCAAGUCAGACUUUUCACAGAACAGAUUUGCUUUUCAUUUUCCGGAAUAAGUUUCGAAGUGUUCUGCUAACUUGAAGUACAAAUGAUUCAUAUGAGUAAAAUAGUGAUAGGUACCUUCUGGAGUAGGGUUUUAUGGCAGAUUUUGUUUUAAUUUCAAGGUUGAUACUGGUGUAAGAUGAAGGGUUGUUAUCUAGUUUAUUCCCAAUGAAUCUCUGUAAUGGAACAAUUUUCUGGUUAUAUGAGAUGAAAUUAGACCUUUUUAUGGUUCUGAAUAA